UGCACUACAUGGUGUUUAUUAGUGUUUACUGUCUGUUUAAGUGCACUACAUGGUGUUUAUUAGUGUUUACUGUCCUGUUUAAGUGCACUGCAUGGUGUUUAUUAGUGUUUACUGUCUGUUUAAGUGCACUACAUGGUGUUUAUUAGUGUUUACUGUCUGUUUAAGUGCACUACAUGGUGUUUAUUAGUGUUUACUGUCCUGUUUAAGUGCACUACAUGGUGUUUAUUAGUGUUUACUGUCUGUUUAAGUGCACUACAUGGUGUUUAUUAGUGUUUACUGUCCUGUUUAAGUGCACUACAUGGUGUUUAUUAGUGUUUACUGUCCUGUUUAAGUGCACUACAUGGUGUUUAUUAGUGUUUACUGUCCUGUUUAAGUGCACUACAUGGUGUUUAUUAGUGUUUACUGUCCUGUUUAAGUGCACUACAUGGUGUUUAUUAGUGUUUACUGUCCUGUUUAAGUGCACUACAUGGUGUUUAUUAGUGUUUACUGUCUGUUUAAGUGCACUACAUGGUGUUUAUUAGUGUUUACUGUCUGUUUAAGUGCACUACAUGGUGUUUAUUAGUGUUUACUGUCCUGUUUAAGUGCACUACAUGGUGUUUAUUAGUGUUUACUGUCCUGUUUAAGUGCACUACAUGGUGUUUAUUAGUGUUUACUGUCCACUUUAACAUUCUUACUGGGACGCACCGACUGUGGGGAAGCAGAAUCGGGGAGUGGAAUCGGAGUGGAAUCGGGGAGCGGAAUUGGAAUGGAAUCGCUUUCCAGAUGGUAGUUUUGGGAAUAGGUGAUUAGCAGGGUGAGGUGUGUCACUGAUGAUUUUUCCCGCUCGCCUCUUCUUCCUGGCGAUGUCCAGCUCUUCAGGUAGUGACAGACUGCAGCUGUUGAUUUUCUCAGCAGUCCUGAUAGGGCAUUGCAGCUUCCUCUUUUCUCUGGAGGAGGCUUCACCAAACCAGAUGGUGAUGACUGGCGUAAGGAUGCGUUCUAUAGUGGCAGUGUAGAAUUGCACCAGUAUAGCCUGGGGCAGAUGAAACUUUGCCACCUGCUGUAACAAAUACAUCCUUUGCUGAGCUUUUUUAUUGAUGGAUGAUGUAUGGAUCUCCCAUUUGAGAUCCCGUGUGAUCGUAGUUCCCAGAAACUUGAACGAAGUGACAGUGCUCACUGAAGAGUUAGUAAGGAUGGGGGGAUGUGUGUUUCCUGAAGUCGAUUUGCAUCUCUGUGGUGAGAGAACACAACCUCGUGGUGCUACAGUGCUGAGUGACGGGGGUUCAGUAAUGUUCUGACCGAUUCUCACAAACUGCUUCCUGUCAGAAAGGAGGUUUGUGAUUCACGUACAGAUGGAGCCAGGUACUUGCAAAGCAAUGAGUUUCUCUUGUAGGAGCUCAGGGACGAUGGUAUUGAAGGCCGACCAGAGAUCUACAAAGAGGAUCCUGGCAUAAGUGUUCAGAGAGUCUAGGUGCUUUAAUAUGAAGUGAAGCCCAAUAUUAACUGCAUCAUCUACAGAUCUGUUGCUUCUGUAGACAAACUGCAGUGGAUCCAGAAGAUCCUGAGCACUGGAUUUGAGAAAUGACAUCACCGGUCUUUCAAAGGUCUUCAUGAUAACAGAGGUCAAGGCAGUAAAACACUAUGAGUUCAGCUGGAGACAGACAGCACUCUUCCAGGAAGUCUUCGGCUCCUGAUUCUGCUCGCUCACAGCUGUCUGAGGCCAUGAAAACAGAGACUAAUGGAGGGAAAGAAGGCAGUGUGAUGAAAGAGGAGACCCUGGAGCUGAGCAUCAGUAACCAUGGAAACGGCCUUACCAGCACACCUGAAUUUAUCUCCAUUAAAGAGGAAGAAGCUGAUGAUAAAGACUUCCUCUAUUGCGAAGUUUGCCAGUCCUUCUUCUUUAAAAAGUGUGAGGUCCACGGUCCGGCGCUCUUCAUCCCUGAUACUGCUGUUCCCAUGGGGGUCACUGACCGAGCCAGACAAACUCUUCCUCCUGGACUAGAGAUUCAGAAGUCCAGUAUUCCUGAUGCAGGCCUGGGAGUGUUUAAUAAAGGGGAGACUGUUCCAGUUGGUGCACAUUUCGGACCCUACCAGGGAGAGCUAGUAGACAGAGAGGAAGCUAUGAACAGUGGAUACUCUUGGGUGAUACAUAUGAGUAGGCAGUGUGAAAAAUACAUAGAUGCCAAGAGAGAGAUGCAUGCUAACUGGAUGAGGUAUGUGAAUUGUGCUUGUAAUGAUGGAGAGCAAAAUCUUAUGGCAUAUCAGUAUCGAGGGGAGAUUCUGUACCGUUGCUGUCGACCCAUUAAUCCAGGACAGGAGCUCUUGGUGUGGUAUGAAGAGAAAUAUGCCAGAGAUCUAGGCCCUACGUUUGACCAGCUCUGGAAUAAAAAGUGCUCUGCAAAUGAAAUAAUUGAAGCUCGGUUCCAAAUCUUCUCCUGCUCCUUGUGCACACUUUCCUAUACAUCUCAAAUUUACCUCAACAAACACAUAAAGAGAUGCCACUACGAGGAGUAUGUGAGACUGCAGAAAUCAGGAGAGUUUAAAUAUGAGAUUCAGAUACCUACAAAAGGUUCCAGUUGUCAGCAAACAUCAUCUGGUACUCUCAGUUCAGACACGUCUCCCAGAGAAAUGCAGAAGGAAGUUCACCACUGCUCAGACUGUGGAAAGAGCUUUGCUGAUCAGAGUGCUCUACAGCGACACCAGCACAAUCCCACAGCAGAGAAGCCGUAUCACUGCUCACAGUGUGGAAAGCGUUUUAUUAGAAUGGGUUAUCUUCUACGACACCAGCGCGAUCACAAAGGAGAGAAGCCGUAUCAAUGCUCACAUUGUGGAAAGUGUUUUAACAGAACGUGUUAUCUUAAACGACACCUGCGCAUUCACACAGGAGAGAAGCCGUAUCACUGCUUACAGUGUGGGAAGAGUUUUAAUCAAAACGUUGUUCUUCUACAACACCAGCGCAUUCACACAGGAGAGAAACCAUAUCACUGCUCAGAGUGUGGAAAGAAUUUCUCUCAAAACGGUGCUCUUAAAAGACACCAGCGUAUUCACACAGGCGAGAAGCCAUAUCUAUGCGCACAGUGUGGGAAGAGUUUUACUACAUGGAGCAAUCUCCAAACACAUCAGUGCACUCACAGAAUAGAAAAGCCGUAUCACUGCUCACAGUGUGGAAAGAGUUUUAAGCGAAAGGCUGAUCUUCAGACACACCAGCGCAUUCACACUGGAGUGAAACCAUAUUUCUGCUCACAGUGUGGAAAGAAUUUUACUCUGCAGCGAAGUCUUCAACUACACCUGCGCAAUCACACAGGAGAGAAGCCGUAUCACUGCUCAGAGUGUGGAAAGAGUUUCAAUCAAAAGAUUGAUCUUGUACGACACCAGAGCAUUCACACAGGUGAGAAGCCGUAUCAUUGCUUACAGUGUGGAAAGAGUUUUAUUCAGCAGCGUGGUCUUCAACGACACCAGAGCAUUCACGUUAGAAAAGCCGUAUCACUGCUCACAGUAGGGAAAGAGUUUUAAUGGCCUGAGUAUUUUCCGAAGACAUCAGAGCAUUCACACAGUAAAGAAGCCUGCUCAUAGUAUCAUUGUUCACAGUGUGGAAACCCAGCUUGUGCAAUUUAAUGCUUUAAUCUUCACAUUAUUACACUAUCACAACAUCCAGCAACAUUUACUUCGAUUAUAUUACCAGACCUUCCAGCGUUUACGCUUAAGAGCUUCACAAUUUAGCAUUAGCAUACACUAGUUCAAGUUAUCACUGAAAAAUAUGCCAAAACGGCAAUUUUAUUCUCCCUAAAACAAGAUAUGAGCCACUUGACAUGUAUGUCAAAUGAUUUAUGCAGAUGUUUUGAACUCUCCAGUAUUAUCUGACACCACCUCUCAGCUGGACUUGUGGGGCAACUUCACUUUCUGCAAAGAAUGGGGAAUGGUUUGAGUUCAUUAAUAUGGCAUAGACUUGGUUCAAAAACACUUCUACCUCUGAGACACUUUUAGUCAUUCACUCAUCAUUUCAGCUCUGUGAGCUUCACCUUUUAUGGAGUUUUGUGACCUGCAAGUGCACUAACACUGAGCCAUUAUACAAAGUGAAUUUGUCAAAGUAAGUAUGAUUAUUGUGUUGGCUUAAAAUGAUGUAUGUAGAUGUUUCUUUUUAAUUGUUUUUAUUAUUUUUAUUAUUUUUUUUAUUCUUUCGGUCAUUCACAGCAAGCUACUGUAAGCUCAGAUGCAUUCUGUUUGCUUUGACUAUUUUGAAAUGUCUCUAGAACUUGACUGGAGUCUACCUGUGGCAGAUUCAAUUGAUUGAACAUGAUUUAGAAAGGCACACACCUGCGUUUAUAAGGUCCCACAAUUCACAGUGCAUGUCAGACAAAAGUAGGCAUGGUUAAUAUCAUCCCUACUGUGAAGCAUGGUGGUGGCAGCCUCAUGGUGGAGUGCAUACAACCUCAGACUGGGGUGGACGUUUAACUUUCAGCAUCACAACGACCCAAAGCAUACAGCCAAGACAAUGCUGGAGUGGCUUCAGGGAAAAGUCUCUGAAUGUCCUUGAGUGGCCCAGCCAAAGCCCAGACUUGAACCCCAUAAAACAUCUGUGGAGAGACAUGAAGAUUGCAGUCCACAGAUGUUCCCUAUCCAGGCUGAUUAAGCUUGAGAGAAUCUACCAGGAAUAAUUAGAGAAACUGCCCAAAUCCAGUUGUGCAAAGUAGCUGUAAUAGCUGUCAAAGCUGUAAUUGUGGUUUAUUGUGUGUAGCUUGAUGGCCAAAAAGUAAUGUGUGUUAAAACUCAAGUGGGCUAAAAACUUUUCGAAGCCACUGUAUAUUGAAAUUCUGUGGAAGGCAGAGCAUUUUUUGUUCACAGAGUGAUUUAGUAUUCUUAUUUUAAUGUUUGCUUUUGAACUUAAGUAUCCAUAAAAUAAAAUGCAUAAAUUCUUUGCAUUCAUAAAUUUCUAAUUCAACAUUAUUGUCACUGUAGUAACAAGUGCAGCAUAAGAAUAAAGCAGAGGUGGUGGGAUACCAUGACUUGUUUUAGCUCAUACAAGAAAUGCCUAUACCAUAUAAGGUCAUUUACUCAAGUUUACACUAGCCAACAUUUUGAUGUUGUUUUGAUUGCAAACAGAGUAAUAAAAGUUUCUUUUUA